CUAGGCAGUAUAAAUCUCAAAAACCGACCAUCUUCAUCUCUUACUCAUUUUACAUACUCUGCCCAACAAUUUCCAUAUUCUUAUGAGUUUCAUUUGCUUUGCCAAGCAGUAAAGUUACUUCGACUAAUCGCAGAACAAUCAGAAAACUUAGACUUUAUCCACUCAUGCUUUGCAAGACCCAACAAUACUACGAGGAGAGUUUCCUGUCCAUCAUAUCUUCAGUCACAUGUUCAGCUGGAAUUGAUACCAAUUUUAGCAAGCUUUUUGAGAAGGUUCUAAUAUCAGCAAAAUAUAGCUCUAAAUUGAAGGGCUCACUCUCUUAGUAUUUACUGUGGGACUCAAUAGAUGCAAGUCUGAGAUGUCAGAUACCAUAUUUGUCUUAUAGUAAGCGGUGACUCCUGGACCAAACUUUUCCACAUCUUCACAGAAAAUUAUCAUUAGAAGAAUAAAAUUCAUAAAACUAGUUUUUAUUUCAUUGAGCAAUAAUUCUAAAACAUUCAGGAUCCAUUAGUCGCAUCAAGUUUGUGUUAUCAAAAAAAUA